GCUCACUAUGGCUGGCAAGAGGGCACUGAAAGUGUACCUGGAUCUAUUAUCGCAGCCCUGUAGAGCUGUGUACAUAUUUCUGAAAUGCAACAAAAUACCUCACACGGUGGAGUUAGUAGCUCUACGGAAAGGGGAGCACAGGACGCCACAGUUCACCAAGCUAAACCCCAUGCAGAAAGUCCCCGUUAUGGACGACAACGACUUUGUCUUGACUGAAAGUGACGCCAUUCUAAAGUAUCUAGCGACAAAUUACAACGUCCCAGAAUAUUGGUACCCCCGUCAGCCUGAGCGGAGAGCCAGAGUGGAUGAAUAUACAGCUUGGCACCACACCAACACCCGACCACAUGCAGCUAAAGUCUUCAUCUUUGAGGUGUUAAUGCCACAAAUGACUGGACAGCCAACCGACCCAGCGAAGCUGAAGAAAGCACUGGCGGAGCUGGAGGAGACGCUGGAGAAACUGGAGACCAUGUUCCUCAAGAGACAGCCGUUCCUUUGUGGCGAUGACGUUACGUUGGCAGACUUGCUGGCCAUCUGUGAGCUGAUGCAGCCUUUGGCCAGUGGCAGAGAUGUCCUGAGAGAUCGCCCUAAGCUUGUUAGCUGGAGGAGCAGAGUACAGUCAGCACUGAGGGAUCCGUUUGACGACGCUCACGCGAUUGUUUACCGUCUACGAGACAAGUUCGCAGCCAAACUAUGAAUGUCUGUGUCUUAGGGAUUAAAUCUGAUAUUCUGGGUCAUGUCAGAAAACGAAUGUAUUUAUACUCUGGUCAUGUUUCAUCCAGACCCAAAAGUUUCUGAAUAUUAAUGAUGAUUUGUUGAUUGUAUAGUAAGCAGGAGCUUUGAUAAGGCACUCAAAUCGUCGAAUGGUUCACGAUGCAAUGGAUCACUUAGUUUUUACAAUGUAUUCUACAGUGUAUGCCUAUACUGUUCAUAAUUCAUCUUCAUCAGUCAUAAUUCAUUCAUCAGUCAUAAUUCAUCUUCUUUAUUUUCAGCAUACUGAUAUCUUGAAAUAAAGGGAAGUCUUUCAAACGAA